AUGAAGGGCACGCCCAUGGGUUCGCCAAUUCCUGGAAUCAUAGUCGCGGCGGCCUUGGAACGGUUAAAUGCGCUGGUUUUCCGACAACACAGACAGAAGUUCUGGGCUCGGUACAUGGAUGACAUUUUCGUCGUAAUCGAGCGGGAUCGGGUGUUGAGUUUCACGGAACGUAUGAACGCCUUCUUCUCGGACAUAGAAUUUACGAUGGAGGGAGAAGAAAACAACCAGCUAGCCGCAAAGACGGUAGUGGCCUAA